AUCGGUGAUGUGUGGAGAUUACAUUCUACAAAUCAGAUAUUGUAGUCUGUAACAGACGACGUGUUUGUGUGAUUGUGAUUCAGAUGACUUGAAAUGGAUAUGAAAAUACUGAUAGCUUUUAUUGCAGUGACUGGUUCGUUUGUUCUGACUCAUGGUACAGGGAACAGACUGUAUACCAGUUAUCACUGUAAAGAUGGAUCUAGUUCAACCUGUUCUGGACACAACUUGAAAUGUGACGCAGGAAAGAAGAUCUUCAUCGUGAACACUCAGUAUAUAUUUGCCACUACCGAAUCCAGUUGUCCCGUUAAGAGCACCCGUCGAAACAGGACCGGAUGCUGUUUUGAUUAUAGGAAUGAUCUAUGCGCCAUCGAUUAUACGCCCGACGAUCUGGGGACUGUCCUGUCUAAGUGCCACACUCAGCAAUCAUGUACACUGUCAACUCCUGCUGGAUCCGAACAUGCGAAAUGUAAAAUGUCACGACGUUGGUGGUAUCCAAGAUCAAAGAUGUUCAGCCAUUAUGCAAUGUCUUAUAUUACCUACGAGUGUUUACCAGAUCCUCCAACCAUUAGAAUAGCAAAUCCAACUCAAUCAAUCGGAGUGCGAUCAGGUGUCCAUAUAAUGAUCAAAGGCUCUUUAAAGAAAGGUGUCUCUUGUUGGUUCUCGAUAGCCAAUGAUUAUUUCUUCUUGCUUCAAACCAACGAUGAACAGAAAUCCAUCCAGCUAUCUCAUGGAAACCUGCUGAGUAACCUACGAUAUCGGGUUAAAAACUACAGACGAUCGCCUCCAAAAUUAAUGGUACAUGGACCGAUUACUAAUUUAAUGAUUGAGUUAAUAUCUAUGAGGUAUUACAAAUAUAUAUUCGUAACUUGGGAAUGUUCUGGAACAGCUGUCGAAGAAUCCAUUGCAGUGACUACAAGGCCGUCAACAACAAAACCAACAAUACGGACUACAACAACACGCCCGAUGACAACAUCAACUACAAGACUAACAACACCCAUUGCAGGACCAACAACACGUACUGCAAGACCAAUAACAUCCAGCACAAUACCAGUAAUAUUCACUGCAAGGCCAACAAUAAGAAGCACAGGACCAACAACACGUACUGCGAGACCAACAACACCCAGCACAAUACCAGUAAUAUACACUGCAAGACCAACAACACCCUUAAGACUAAUGACCACAACCUCAAGACCAAGAACAACCUAUGCUAGACCAAUAACCACCCUAAUGCAGUUCUUUACGACUACAGAAGAGGAUGACGAGACAAUAAUAUCAGAAAUUGAUAAAACAGAUCUGGAAAAAAUGUUUAACGUUACUGACGAAGAUCUCAAGGAAAUCCAGGGAGAGAUUGUAGUUUCCGGAUUGCAAUCACCAGAAAGUAAGGGUCUUAAUUUGCCGAUGUUAAUUGGAUGUGCUAUCGGCGGUUUUCUUCUUCUCCUUAUUAUCACGUUCAUCGUGGCAUUGUUUUGCAAGAGACGAUCGAAUGCAGCAGUCGUUCUGAGGGCUAAAGAUGUUGGCGCUGGUGUUACGAAUCCGACUUAUGGUGGUUUCCAACCCAACCAGUACGAUGAUGCAAGCAGUACUUACAGUGGUGUUUCUAGCAAGUCUAACGCAACACGUAUGUCAAGCACAGCAUCUGUGAAGAGCAUCCCAAGUCAGUUUGCGGAUAUGAAUGCACAGAAAUCGAUCGACCUGAAUAUGUAAGAAGUUGAAUUAAUUUUUGGCCGUAGUGACUUCUAUUUACAUCUUAUUUGUUCGUAAAUUCCAUAAUAUUUUCGUUUUGGGCAAAUAACAGAAUCUCUCCACACCGAAUGGUUAGCACGUGUGCGCUGUAUCAUAAGGUCUGUCAUUAAAUCAUUAAAUCAUUAUAUGACAUUUAGAAAUUGAAUAUAUAGGCUAAUAUAAAAACACGAUUUAUAUUGAAAACAAUCACUGAGUUUAUUUCACACUACCUGAUAACGUUAAAGGUGGAUAACUCUGAUUUAGAUUCAUUAAGUUAGACAGGAACUAUUUCUUAUAAGAGAUAUGACAUAACGCGAUAUUAUUUUUCUAGAAUUUAUUGUUAAACUAAUUGAUAUAACUCAUUGUAUUUUUUAAUUUUAAGUAUGCAUAUAUAUUAUUAAUAUCAUAUAAUUACGUUUUAUUUAUGUAAGACCAAACAGCUCUUUAUUCAGUGUUCUUAAUACUUAGUUCUUAAAUGCUUGCACGAUUCCACAUUAUUGUAUGGUGACGUAUUGCACGCCAGGUUGAUAUCCGCCCAUGUCGUCAUAAUGUUCCGGUUCGAUGAAUUUCGGGAAAUGUUUUUGCAAGAUUUGUAUUCGGAGAUUUGUGUUUUUAGAAAUUUGUUGUUCGAGAAUUGUUUUUCUUUGUAUGUCCGUGAUGAUAUGUAAAGGCAGGAUAUUUUUUUGAUUUUCUAAAAUAAAUUGUACCUUUAUUAAAUUAAACAGAAAUACAAUAUAGAAAUCUGAUAUGACAGAUGUCUGAUUUGUAAAACAAAUAUUUUAAGAUACAAAUUUUAAUGUUAAUUUUAGUGUACAAAUCUCGGAUUAAGAAAACAAAUGAAGAAAUAAGAAAUACGGACUAAGAACAAAGAACUAAGAACACUGAUCUUCCAUAGUUAAUAAUUUUGAUCGUUAAUUACAAAUAAUUAUAAAUUAAUGAUUUUGAUUUUAAGUAUGCAUUAUUUUUUUUUAAAAUGCCUAAUAAGUAUAUAUUUUUAAAAAAUAACUAUGAUUUUAAGUAUCCAUUAUUUUAUUUUAAUUGUUAAUAAUUUGGAACCAAUUUUUUUGAUAAGAAUAAUAUUUAUUAUUAAUUGGAAAUAAGUAUAUGUUACUAAUUUUCUUUUGAUGGAUAUUUGUCGUUUUCGUAAAUCAAACCAAUAUUUUUCAUGAUUUCACCAAAAAUAUACUCUAAAAUGAAAUGAGGUUUAACGUCCUACUGUUCUGCUCCUAACAUGGGCUAAUGAAGACGGGCAUACGCCAUACAGUGUGCUAUGAGGGAAAUUUUGCCCGGCGGUGGCGCUACGGCCUACCUCCAGGCUAUCGAGCCAGCGUCUUACCCACUUAGCCACGUGAUCCCCCCCCCCCGAAAAAAAAAAUAUACUCUAACGCUGAUAGACAUGAAUAUUCAAAUUGUUGGGGAGCACGUGACUAAGUGGGUAAGACGCUGGCUCGCUAGCCUGGCGGUGUUCGAUCUCUGCAUUGGCCGAGAAAGUUCAUUCAGAUUUUCCGGCGUGGUUGCCCUUUGUCAGUGAUGCAGGAUGAAGGGUCUGACAAGGACAGCUGUCUAGUCGUACGGAUGGGACGAAAACCCGAGGUCCCGUGUUCACAUUGGCGUGCACGUAAAAGACCCUUGGCAGUUGGAAUUCGAUAUAAGAGUAGGCCGUAGCGCCGCUGCCCGGGUACAAUUUCCCUCAUAGCAUACUGUAUGGCGUAUGCCCGUCUUCAUUAGCCCAGGUUAGGAGCAGAACAGUCGGACGUUAAACCCCAUUUCAUUUCAUUUCAAAUUGUUGAUGAUUGAUAUUACACAAUAUUAAGAUAGAAUUAAAAUUAAUCAAUAAGAGUCCCUUUAAAGAUACAAUAUGGACGAUUCGAUAAAGAGCUGGCAGUUCUCACUAUAAUAGUUAAAUAAUAGAUAAUGUAAAGGAAAUUUGCUGAAAACUUCAGUCAAAUUGAUCCACUUUGAACUGAGAUUUAGCAAUAGAAUUUUCGGCCUAGCCUCGAUCAUCAUUACUAAAGUCUGUACGAUAAAAAAACAUAGUCUCGAUCAUCCAUUUCAUGAUUAAAUUAUGAAUGGAAGUCGAGCAACAAAUGAGAUCAUAAUCCAGUAAAUAUCGCAGGCUAGCGAUACCAUCGAGAGUUGAUUAUGGUCUGGAUAAGUUAAUUAACGUCUAAUUAAUAAUUUAGAUAACAUUUCAGGCCUAAAGAAAGACCUGCAAUUGGCAGAUUUAGCUCUUGAAUAAUGUCUGUCUAACUUAACCAAACCAUAAUUAACUCUCGAUGUCAUCUUAUGUGUCAGAUUUUCACUGGAUUUGAAUCCGAACUACUGUUCAACGCUCAUUGAUGUUUAAAAUCCAUUAAUGGAUAAUCGAGACUAUGUUUUUUAUCGUACAGACUUUAGUAAUGAUGGUCGGGACUAGGCUUAACAUUUAGAAACUAAUAUCUCGGUUCAGAGUGGAGCAAUUUGACUGAAAUGUUAAACAUAUUCUAUUUAUAUUACUUCUUUUUUAACUAGUAUAGUCAGAACAGUCAACUCUUUAUCUAAUCUCCCAUAAUGUAUCUUUAAAGUAAGAUUUUGUUUCAUGAACCUGGCCUUGAAGAAUCUCUUUCCCGUGUAAAUAGAAAUAUAUUAAUUUCUUUUGUUUUUAAUUACUAUUAUACUGACAUAUGAAUAAUGUAUUUGUCUUUUUAGUUAUAUUUGUAUUAAUUAUUUUUAUAAUAAACUGAUGCAAGCUUGAA